AUGACGGUUGAACCAUCAACCGAAUAUUUGUACACAUUAUAUGAUGCAGGAAGGCGUUUCAUCGUUAACUUGGACAACAAAACUUGUAGUUGUCUGAUGUUUCAAAUAGACGAAAUUCCAUGCCCACAUGCAUGGGCUGUCAUUAAGAAGAAAAAUCUAAUGGCUCAUGAUUACUGUUCCGAAUUGUUCAAACCGCACACCGUAGUGAAGAUGUAUGAUGUCCCCGUGGAUCCUCUCCCUGACAAGCGGGAAUGGAAGAUUCCAACAUACAAAUCAGAGGAUGUGGUUUUGCCAUCAAGAUACAAGAGACCUCCUGGUAGGCCGAAGAAAAAGCGUGAUAAGCCGUUAUUUGAAUUGCUUCUUGGGAAAAAGAGACAUGCUUGCAGUACUUGUGGACAGGCUGGACACAAUAGACGAUCUUGUAGUAAUGCUCCUAGAACGAAGUAG